UUUAAAUCUCGAAGGGGAGCGAAUGGCUUUCUUCUAAACUUGACAAAUUGGCGAACGUCGGCUGAUAACGGAAGCAUGUCCCGGCAACCUCGCCGGGAUCCAACCGAGGGUGCAGUCAAAGAAGCUUCAAUCCGAAUAGGACCACAGUACCAGGCGGAAGUGCCUCCUCUGCGAGCAGAUCCGAUUAGUAGCGAACACAAAGCCGAUCUUCUCUACACUCCGGCGAGCACGGACGAGGACGAGUCGAGUAAACUGAUCAAGAAACAGCUAGGCAACCCGCACACCAAAUGGACGCUAGAAGAAAAAGUCAAUUUCAAAAAAUGUCUUUCACGCCAUAAGAAAAAGUUCAAUCGAUACAAGGAUCUCAUCCCAAACAAGACGAUCGUCCAGCUCCUCGAUCACUACUAUGCGACGAAAAUUCGAGAGCCACCGGAGCCGAGUCAUUUCGAUCCAGACUAUAACCCCGGCCGAACGGUCAAGAAAGGCCGUCCGAGAAAACCCACAACCGAUGUCAAGUUGUUAUUCAGGAGGAAGUGCUCAGGCCCUGGUGUUCAGAGGCUCAGAUUUGGUGUCGAUGAAAUCCGCACAGUUAUCCACGAGGAUCACAAGCCGAAAGUUACCGUCGAAAAGCUCAGGAACCAGUCGGCUCAGCUCAAGUCAGAAAUCUCGCGAACGAGAGACGACAAGCAGAUCGAACAAUACAAGAAGCUCUGUACCUCCAACAAGAGGAGCACCCAGGUGACCGCGUGGACGGAUAGCGAACUUAUCAUGGCCGUUCACGCGAUUCGGCUCCAUGGAAAAGAUUUCAAAGCUGUUUCUAAACUGAUGGGAAGCAAGACUGAGGCACAAGUCAAAGUCUUCUAUUCCAAUUAUCGCGAAAGGUACAACCUGGAGGGGAUGGUCCGUCUUUUCGAGGAGGAUCGGAAGAACGGCGUGGCACGGAAAAUGUCGAACGUCGACCAGCCGCGCAGUGUCGAGAACAGUCCAGUCAAGAAACUUAUCAGGUCACCUCUCAAGAAGCCCAGCAUACUACUACGUCGAAAAGUCUAGUUCUUCAACUCUCUAGGAAUGUGAAGGUUGAUUUAAUGAAAAUUAUUCCUGGUCUGACUGCUGCCUUCUUAGGUUUUUCAUUGCAAUAUUCGUUCUAUUCCGCCAAAUUACAUUAUUUACUAAAAGCGACUGUUCCUGGCUUCGACGGAUGAUAGAAAGCAGCUGGGACAAAAUUCAAUCUACCUUUUCUUGACGUGGCAUGAAGGUUCUCUCUACGCUCAAUGGAUUCCCCGGGAAGACUUUCCGACCGAGUCAUCUUCGUCGAGUAGCAAUAUUAAAAUGAAUGAUGGAGAAAGGCUGUUUGAGAGAACAAAGUUCUCCUCGAUAGAAUGUUUUCAGCCUCGCUAACCGAAUGACAGAGCU